GGGGUUUGCGAGGGGUGAUCGGGAAGGAGAAGAGAGAGUUGGUCGUCAGGUCGUGUGUUGCGGGCUGCUGCGGCUCGGGCGCGACAGUUCUACCUCGACCAUUGCCGGUUAAUUUUCGCAAGGCGGCUACGUAUACGAAACAAUAGAGGUGAUCCUUUCAACGCAAUGCGGCGCGAUAUGGCGAUAGUUUGUGUGUUAGACGGUAAGCACUUUCGGCGUUUGGACGGAUCAUCAUCGAAUAUAUACGUCAAUAUCUCAACGUGAACCGAAAGAAACUAAGAGGCAAGAAAAAAAGAGAAGAAGCGAACAGAAGGAAAAGAGAAGAAAAAAAAUUCGUAUGACAAGAAUCAUUAUCGUGUCGCCAAAUACGGUCAUUAUAAUAACGUAUCAGACUACGUCAUGUGAAAAUAUAUUAAUCGAACAAGAUCGUUAAUUUCAUCAACAAGAUACAUCAUAGUACGCGAUUAAAUUUCAAAUGCAUACGUUUAACUCAGAAUAGACGAAAAUUCUGAAAAUUGAAUUUUUCUCUCUCGAACAGUGUAAAUUUUCGUACCGAUCUCAAUUGUUAUUGUUCAUUACAAUUCUUACAAAUCGUUUUUUUUGUUACGACAACUUCUAUUUAAUGAUUUAAUUCGGAAAUUUUUGAUACGAAACAAACCGAUUAAGCAUUUUUCGAAGUCAAAAUUGAUUGAAUAUUAUGCAAUCACCAGAAAUAUGAAUAAUCAAUCCUGUGAAACUCUUUUUUCGGCAAAUUCUUGGAAAUUAAAAAACUAAACUCUGGCAAUGCUCAAUUAAAAGCAAGUACAAAACUUCGCAAAAACAGAACUAUUUUUUCUGCAAAUAUAAAUAUAAUAGUCGAUACACAAAAAAAAUUCUGUCCAAAUGCACAGUGUGACGCUAAAAGAAGCUACCUCAAUAUUGUAUUAUCUUCUUUUUGGUUGGAUUGUAUGCUUAUAUUCUUUUAUUGGAUUGUAUAUCGUGUUUAACAAAUUAGAUUUCACGACUUCUUUUACAAUAGGUCCAUGAUUUGCAGAUAAAAAAUCGUAUUAGUUAAUUAAUUGAUAAGAAAACAAAUCGUAUAUCUUCUUUCUUGAAUUGUAAUUCGAAUUUAAAAGAUUGAAAGAGUUAGAAACAACUAACUAAUGACACAUCGAGUGUCGAUUCGAUCUAAGAAGAAGGAUAUGUGUCAUAUCAAAGUAACAACUUGCAAGCAUUGUAGAAACAAUGCCUCUGCUGACGAGGGAAGUUGAGUUUAAGCUUUGGCAAAUCGACAUGCUGUUGUGGAAAUACUGGAACACACAUUCCAAAGGACAAAGUAACGAAGAAAAGAAGACGCAAUCAUGUCAUGGGAAUCAAUUUCUUCGAGAGAUUAUCUCGGCGGGGCGGCCAGUCAUCAACUCUCCGCGACCGCUCUUCUGGGUAGUCCAGAUGGAUCGCGGCAUCCGCUAGAUGUAUGUGAAUUCACCGAAGAGGACUAUCGGCAUCAGAAUUCCAAUGGAAACACUCAUUACCAGAACGGCAGGUCCGGCUCUGGUCUAUGGGAAUGUCUGAUAGGUUGCAGACGUCGUUUAGACCAACAUAUGGCUCGAAGACGGGUGGAACAAGGCUUGAAACUAUAUCGCGCUCAUAAACAACAAGCUGCUGUUCGUAAAUGGAGAGGAGCUUUAAAGAAUAUCAGACAACGAGAAGAUAAAUUCGCUCUUCUCGGCUAUCUGUAUCAAGCCUACAUGGAUUGGGGAAAGUAUAGAGAUAGCAUCGAUUUUGGUCACAAACAGUUAUGCAUUUCCGAAGAAUUGGAUUCGCCAAACAUGCGGGCAGAAGCCUAUUUAAAUCUGGCAAGGGCACAUGAAAGAUUGGGUGCAUUAGAUAGGGCUUUGGACUAUGCGAGACACAGCUUGUACAAUGAAUGCGACCAAUGUGCGACUGCUGGAUUGGUUCAUUUGACCGUAGGCAGAGUUCAUUUGGAAUUAGCAGGAUUUUGUAAAGCUUUAGAAGCUUUUCAAAGAGCUCAUAAAAUUGCUCAUUCGAUUCAAGACCCGUCAUUGGAAUUGCAGGUAUACGUAGGUUUAUCGGAGCUAUUCUGCAGAUUACACGAUGCUGAUAAGAGUGCUAGGUAUGCGGCUAGAGCUUACGACCUCUCGAGAAGCUUGCAACUGGGCGACUUAAAUUCUCGACAUCAUAGAGCAGCUCUUCUUCAGAUGGCAGCGGCACUCCGGAAAAAAGGAGAACUCGGUGACGCCCACGAUUACUGUUCGGAGGCAACACGAUUAUCGUUAGUUUCUGGAGAUCAAGCUAGUUAUGCCAGGAGUAUACGAAUAAUGGGAGAUAUUUAUAGAAAAAAGUCCGAUAUAAACAAAGCAUUUCGACAGUAUGAAAGUGCGAUGGGAUCCGCGGCAGCGACUGGAGACCGUCUCUGUCAAAUGGAAGCUAUGGACGGCGCAGCAAGAUGUCUUGAGGCUCUUCGAUUACAACAUAAAAUAUGCAAUUGUCGUCCUCUUGAAUUCAAUACUAGGCUGCUCGAAGUAGCUGGAUCAGUUGGUGCGAAGUUCCUGGUACGAACGGUGAGAUCGAGGCUUUCGCGUAUUUAUGGUUCACUUGGAGAUGAAGAACAAAAGACUCAUCACGAAAGAUUAGCUACGGCAAUGGAAGAAGAUUUAGAAUUGCGAUGUGGUAGCUGUAACGAGCCUUUUGGCCUUGAAACCGAUUCCUUGGAAGCAUUACCUUGUUCUCAUAUAUUACAUGCCAGGUGUGCAUACGACAUUUUAAAAAAACGUGACAAAAAGAAGAAACGUUUGUGUCCCGACUGUCACAAAUCCGUUAGUUCACGAUUGUACCUGCAUUGCGAAGAUCCUCAUGGCAUGAAUACUUUGAAUCACAGUUCCUUGAGUCUGGCAUCGUUGAGAGCCAGCAGUUUAGCCACGUUGGACGACUGUCACGCUACUAGCAGUGUUUAAAUCUGAUAAUAUCCGUUACAUCAACUUACUUAUUUACUUAUGUACUUAGGAUUUUGUUUACUUAGAAAUUUUUUGAGCAAUGUGUUCUUUGUAAUGAUCACCACUAAUAUUUCACAAAUGAAUGUAAACAAAGCAAAUGCAAGCACGACCAGUUGUAUCCUAAAUUUGAUGCAAUUGUGCACAUUAGCUUAAUUUCAAAUUUUUUUUUAGGAUAUAAGAGAUAUCAAGCUUGCGUACAGUCUGCCAAUUAAGCGAUUAGACAUGAAUAUUACUUAACGCGUGAAUUGUUUAACAUUUAAAUUAGAAUGAAAAAAAUUUAAAAAAUACUAGCACAAUAUCAAAAGACUUGAUGGCAAUAAAAAUGCACAUUCAAUUCA